AUGGCCACACCUAUUUCACCAAACGUUUCCUUCGAAUUCAUCGCUGGUGGCCUCGACGGCUUCACUGCUGUCCUCUCCGGUGGAUCUUCGCUCCUCUUCUGGGAUAGCAGUUUCGUCCCCAAACGGCUGUAUUUCAGUUACUCAACCUUGUUAACAAACGUUACUAUGGGUGAUGCUCAAAUUUGCGCCAUAACGAACAGUACCCAUAAUGCUACCUGCUGGAGAGGCGAUACGAGUCAACAACCGAAUGGGUCAUCACAAUUCAUAUCAAUGUCAUCUGGUUCUAAAUUUUCUUGCGGAGUUUUGGAAAGUUCAUACAAGGUUGUCUGUUGGGGAAACAGUGAUAUCGCUUCAACUAUCCAAUCAGGAUUUGGUAAUGAAACGAUGGUGAACAUAUAUGCAGGCGGAAGGCAUGCUUGUGGGGUGAACACUAACGGGUUCUUAAUUUGCAAAGGUGAUAACAACAACGGUCAAUUGAAUGUUCCUUCUAAUUUGUUUAACGAGUAUAUUGGAAUAGCUAUGGGAAUGAAUCAUACUUGUGGAAUUCAUAGAAUGGAUCAUACAGUUGUUUGUUGGGGUGGAAAUGGUGCAUUUUCAAGUAAUGUUAUAGAAAGUAUUGCUUUUGAAACAGUCGCAGCUGGGUCAAAUUUUACGUGUGGAUUGACGACAAGAGAUUUGUCAGUGGUCUGUUGGGGGCCAGGUUGGACUAGUAAUAUGUAUCCUCAAGGGGCUGCCCUUCCUUUACCAACCAUUCUUCCAGGUUCAUGUGGACAAAGUAAUUGUCCUUGUGGUAUAUAUCCGGGGUCUCAAUAUCUCUGUUCUGGCAAUGGUGAAAUUUGUACGCCUUGUUGA